AGUAAUAUACCUCCUAAAAUAUCAAAUCAUUCAGUGCUUGUUGGAAGAGAAGCGUAAUGUUUAAUGGCGGAGAAGCAGGAGGAGGCCGAGUGAGUGGGAGCAUCGGGAGAAGCGGAGGGACAGCACUUCCCCACACACAUACACACACCCUCCUCCCGCGCCAGCCACACUGCCUCUGGCCUCUUGCUCCCACCAACCAUCGCUAACGUGGCGAACUUAAACACGCACGGACGAACACACAGCUCCUCCCCUUCCCCCCUUGACCCCUCCCUCCCGCCGUCCAGUGUACCUGCGCUCGCUCACCUGUAGCGGGAGUCGACAGUCGUGCGGCAGACGCCAUACCGUGCACAACGCCUCCCUGCUCCUCGCCCCGCCGGCACCCCGUCACCGAGCUCGGGAUCCUCUGACUUACGCAGUGAAGUGAACGCUCUCCGGAGCCCGCCGCCGGGGGAGCCAAUUUUCAGUGUCUUAUACUCUGAUCUCACGAAUAUUGUUGUGAUUUCCAUGAAGAGUUUGAAUAAUGUGCAAACGCAGUGUUUCCUUGACGUGGAUUCUAAAGUUAUGUUGACAGGAAACAGUGAUUAAAGCUGUGCUCUGCAGACGCGCUCUGCUGAGAACAGUGUGUUCUGAAGCGUCCAGUGACCUCUGCAUGUUGUUCUCCGCUGGUCAAGUGGUGGUCAGCGCGCAGUGACCCUAUCUGACCCUAACUGACCUGUCCAGUGGGAGAGCGGGGUCACUGAGGCUGGAUGCGAGCCAUGACGGAUCUUGACACCCCCGGCGCUGUCGUCUGGCCCAAGUGGUGUUAUACCAGUAAGUCAGCUUGGUAUCAUCCCAAUAACCAGGGGGAGGGCGAGGCAGCACAAGACCCGGCGCUCAACAACAACACCCCUUUCACCAAAGACAAAGAGCAGGCUGCGGUCGCUGCCGCUACUGCCGCGGCUGCCGCAGCCUACGGCACCAAGGGCCGCAAGAAAGUGCGGCGCGAGGUGCUCAACGGUACGCGCGUCGAGGAGAGGAUGCCCUCAGACUCUACCAACGACGUCAAGUCUGAGAGAUUAUCACCCGACCCCGGCAGCGACGCCCCAGCCACCACCCACGCCACCCCGAGCCCCUCUGUGUCUCCCAAGUCCCCCGCCUCGCACCGCACCCGCACGCCCUCCUUCCCGGGCACGCCACCCAAUCCCGCCUUCACGCCGCCCGCUGCCAUCACCUCCGCCUACGACCGCUUUAGUCCAUUGUCUUUGGGCGGUGUGGGCGGCCUUCCGGGCGGCCCCGGAGCCAUAAAGCAAAUGGAAUCCCUCACCAACAGAAACUGCUCUGAUCUCAUGAGAUCUCUGGCGGCCAAGUACAACAACAGUAAUCCCAACGAUUACUUCAGCAGUCCAAACAACGGGUUUCUACGUCAUCCUCUGGGUGGGCUGGCGGGCCUCAAGCAUGGGUCGGCGCCCUUCCUCGGUGUUCCCACCCCUCCCACCACCUCCGCCUCAGCCAAGGACACAGAUAAAAAGAUCGACACACCCCCAGUCUCCACUGCCGCCGGCAUCUCUGCUCUCCCACAUCCCGGCGGGCCCCCGAUGUUCCCAGGGGCAGCGGGCCUCUCUGGCUUCCCCGCGUUCCCCCUCGUGGACAUGUCCUCCUCACAAGUCCUUCUCAAUAUGGUUAGGAACGCCUCAGCGACACAACAGUCCCAGCUGGAGAACUAUCUGCGGGGUGCCAUGAAGCGGCCGGCUGACGCCCCGACGUCUCCUCUCGACCUGUCCGCCACUAUGACCACCAAGAGGCCCCGCACGGAACCCUCUAAGUCCUUCGAUGUCAAGACCUUGUUUGGCCUUCCACACGAAGAGGAGAAGAAACUGGAAACUAAGGCCCACACAACGCGGUCACCCACGCCUCCAAAGCCACGGCCCACGCCUUCGCCCGGAUCCCAUAAGCCACCCACGCCUUGCUCAGACAAGAACUGUCCCUCACUCGAGACGAUCGGCCACUGGACCGUCGACGACGUCUGUUCCUUUGUGGGGAGUAUAGAACUCUGCGCCGAGUAUGUAGAGGCGUUCCGUGAGCAACGUAUCGAUGGUUCAGCGCUCCCGCUGCUGACAGAGGAACACCUCACCUCCAGCAUCAACAUGAAGCUCGGCCCCGCUCUCAAGCUCCGCUCCGUCCUGGCACGUCGCUUGGGGGCAUGCAACGUCUGCCUUCACUGCGACCACUGCCACUCCCAGACGCAGGAGCGGCGGCCCAGUUCCGCCUCGUCAGGUCAAUAGGACCACACUCCAGCCUGCGAGGAGGAGCCUCAACCCAAUGUGAAUCCCUCUGGGCAUGCCCACAGGUCUUCCGUGUACCAAGAACGAACGCUGGACAAGUUCCGUGGGUUAGUAAGGGAUGACACACACUCUCACACGCUGGCUCGGCUUCACCGGGCUAGUGAAAGCAUACAAUGACCUCAGGGACCUGCAGUACUCUCACCCAGAGGACCUUCUGGGUACCCCUACGACGUGCUGUGUUGAUAUUGAAACUAAUAGUGAACUUGGGAGGUAAUGCGGAUAAGCCUUCCCAAAGAACAUUUUGGUGUGAUAACCUGCGAUAGUGUGGGCCUCGACACAAGCCAGCGCGAGUCAAUCACUUGAGUGCAGUAUCGCCCUGUACUCAAAUGACCCCCGAGUGUCCACGGUCUUCAUGGCUUCGCGGUGUGGCGCCGCGAGCUUCAGUACCAGUAACUCUGCACUACACACGAGACAAUCCUUGAAGAGACUAAGCUAAGUGCAGUCCACUCCCGGACCCACAAAGGUGCUCUUAUUUCCCAAAGUGUUAACUGACGAUGGACAAUGGUAGUUGCUGUUGCUUAGUCGACCAAUGAGACCUCUCGUAGGUGUUCACAAACUCUCCGCAUUGUAACACGAGGCAUGCGCUUACUAGGACCAGAUUCUAAAACGUAAUUCUGAUCUCAAAUUAUAUGUUUCUAAGUGUUAAUACUUAAAUAACAUCUUAGUACUUCCCUUACUUCAAAUUCUUGUACUUCAUGUUAUAUUUGUGUUUGUAUUUAUUCAAAAUGCUGAUGGAGCAAAGAAAGAAAGGAAUUUUAUUUAUUUUUAUUUAUUUUUAUUUUUUUCAAGUUACGUUUCAGAAUUUGGCGCUUGGUGCUUCCAGGCCCUGAGUUUAUCCGGGCCUUCAAAAGACAAAACCCGCUCAAGAUUUUCAAGUCAUAGUGUUUCCUUACAACUCUGUUCAUCAUUCUCAUGCCGGAAAAUUUGUCCAUGUACAACUGUUCAUCAUUAGAAAGAAACGUACUUGCGUAGGUAUACCUCAGACAAUUAGUAGAUGUUUUUUUUUUAUUCCAGUUCGAAAGCAUUGCAACUUAUAUUUUUCUAGAUAUGCAGGAAAAAGCUAAAGCUAAUAAUAAACGACACAUGCUGUAUAGAGUUUAGCUUUGAACAAGUGGUAGCUUUGCAAGGGAGACCGAGUCGGCGUGGCUCAAGAGGCUGCCUGCCGGGGCGUCCCCCUUACAAACCACACCUGUGUUAACCCAAAGAUUAUGAAUAAGUCGGAUGUUUUAGUCAUUUCCUUGAUGGUAGGGGCAUAGAGUUGGUUCAGUAUUUAUUUGUGUAUAAUUCUGUGAGGCCUAAAUUGUUGGUGAUUAAUACGUAGCUUGUAUAUAGAGAGAGCAUUGUUACUCCCACGCGUUGGCCAGCUGGUUCCUCCUCCCCACCACGCCCACGGUCACCAGAGGAAGGAUUUCUUAGUCAUUUUUAUAUUCUUGAUAUGCAUCUUUUUUUUUUUUGUCAUGUUAUAUGUAACGUCUUCAAAACAUUUUUUUUACUCGUUGUUGUUGUCAUUUAUCGUAGUCACUCACCAUCUUCCUUCCUUUCACUCGAAACUAACAUGGUCACUCAGAGAUGACAGUUGACUGGCGAAAAAAAAAAAAAAAAUAUAUAUAUAUAUAUAUAUAUAUAUAUAUAUAUAUAUAUAUAUAUAUAUAUAUAUAUAUAUAUAUAUAUAUAUAUAUAUAUAUAUAUAUAUAUAUAUAUAUAUAUAUACUUUCUCGAGAACAGAUAAAAACCAUUCAGUAAAUUACUUAGCGAAACAAUCUCACAAAAUCCUCAAAAAGAAAAAAAAAUAAUUGAUAAUAUUAAAACCUGACAAAAAUUGUGGAUUUUUUAAUUUUAUUUAUUUGAUGAGCUUGUCACAACUCACCAUUCGUCUGUCUCCCUGAGCGGCGGCGAGGAAAGAAAACGAGUCACCAUCUCCCUCCUCCCCUCACUAUCCUCCACUGUCAUGGUCACUCCGCCUUGUCACCCUUCUCCUCCUCCUCCUCCUCUUCCUCCACAUCUUCCUCCACCUCUAUCACCCACCUCCAUGCCAUCCCUCCCUUAUAAAGUCGCUGUCAUACUUCACUUUGUUUAUAAAGGCUUGUAAUUUUUUUUAUACAUUAUGUACAUAUGGAGAUCAUCCUCCUUUACUUCAAAUUUUUUUUUUUUUUUUCAAUACGUAUUAUAAAAGAAUGAGAACCCGGUGGUCAGACUGAGCCUGGCGGGGCUUCCUGCGGCGCGGGGCUUCAGAAGCAGGGAGGAGCGGCACAAGUUUGCACUCUUCCGCCUUCCUUUGCUCGCCGCGCAGGUCGCCCCGCCGGCCAGGCACUAUGGGGAUCGCAGGCAGGGUCGGAUGUAAGCAAUAAAUAAUUAUAUAUGUAAUACACGUGGAGUUUUCGAUUUUUGUGAGAAUUCCACACGGGGAAAGAAAUUCUAUUUUGUUGUUUAUACUAUUAAUUUCUAUCGGGAAGGCUUGUACUACACCACACACCCUACUUGUACAUAGCGUAACACCGGAAUAAAGAGCGAAAAGAAC